CUCUUUCUCUUCCUGUCCCAGGCGAUUCGGGAUCUCCCAGCCCCAGGACAGACACGGCCACGUCGAAGAACCACAACACACACAACCAGUCCUGAAAAUGGCACAGAAAUGGCAUCAAAAAACCCCGAUCACCACGAUACAAAUCUCUUAAGGGGGUGGACCCCAAGUUCCUGAGGAACAUGCGCUUUGCCAAGAAGCACACCAAGAAGGGCCUGAAGAAGAUGCAGGCCAACAGUGCCAAGGCCAUGAGUGCAUGUGCUGAGGCUAGCAAGGCUCUUGGAAAGCCCAAGGAGGUCAAGCCCCAGGUCCCAGAGGGCAGCAUCCGCGAGCUCAGUCGACUUGCCUACACUGCUCACCCCAAGCUCGGGAAACGUGCUCGUGCCUGGAUCGCCAAGGGUCUCAGGCUCUGUCGGCCAAAGGACAAGGACAAGGCUCAGACCAAGGCUGCAGCUUCAGCUGCAGCUCCGGCUCCGGCUCAGACUCAGGCUCCCAAAGGCCCCCAGGCCCCCACAAAGGCUCCAGAGUAGAGGCUUCCAUCUAUUGAUGUGAGGAUAGAAGGACUGCUGUGACCCCUGGGCUGCUGUUAGUUAAAACCAGAAAUGGGAUUGG